UUACACGGCUCACGCCGCCGUCGCCCGCGCCCGCGCCGCCUAACUAGCCCUCCAGUCCAGGCUGCUUCAACCGAAGCGCGCCAGCCACCGGCCCUCGCAGUCGUCGUCGUCGUCGACUCGCCGCCCUCCUCUUCCCCUGUCUGCUGGUGCUGGGUUGGCAUGGAGUGGAGAAUCCAUCCGCACUCGGGAUUGAUUGGUUGAUUUCUCAUGCUGCACUGCAGGUGUGAACAGAAUCCAAUCAAUUUUCAGCACGCUUGUGGAGGCUUUACUUUCGAGUUUAAACAGCAUGGAGAUGGAAACCAGUCAGAUGCCAGAAUCGGGAGUCCAAUGGAAGCCAGGAUCAGAGGUUGAUCAAAAUCCUGUAGAUCAUGGUGUGAACCCAGAAAAGGAACCUAAUGAGAUGCCAGAAUCCGAGGUCAAUGAAGAGCCUGUGGAAACAUGCCAGAACACAGUUGUGGAAACUGAUAUUAUCCCAGAAAAGCAAGCUGAUCUGGAGGCAAGAUUGGAGGUUAAUCAAAAGCCCAUGGAAACAUGCCAGGAGAAAGUUGCGGAAACUGAUGUUAACCCAGAAAAGCAAACUUCUGAUCCAGGUGUUAUUUACCGCUGCAAAAGGUGUCGGAGAAUGGUGGCAACUCAAGAGUUUAUUGUUGCCCAUGAAGUAGGUGAGGGUGAGGAGAGUUUCAAAACGCGCAAAAGGUUCCAUGUGGAUGUGGAUGACAAGCAACCUGAAUGUAUGUGCAUCUUUGUGGAGCCAAUGAAAUGGAUGCAGCAUGUGGAGGAAGGAUAUGUUUCACAUAAGCUCUAUUGCAUGGGAUGCAAAGCUCUACUGGGGCAGUUCAACUGGGCUGGCAUGCAGUGCACCUGCGGUACCUGGGUGAUUCCAGCUUUCCAGCUAACCAAAAGCAAGAUCGACGAAUGCUCGAUGUAAUCAGUCGAUCAAGUGAAGCUUUGAUCCAUCAGCAGUGACUUUACAGCAUAUAUAUAGGAUACGGUAGCGGCUAGACUUCUGUAGGCACUCUGGUUAUCAGGUGUUUAACCCGCUGUCAAAAAUGCUGAUCUCGUAACUGCAGAGCAUCAGCAUAAUUUGACGUUGGUUCCUCGACUUUAGUUCUU